AUGAUAAAUCUUUAUCAGUCUCUGACAAAAUCUUGGUACUAUGCAACCAUAUGGGUGCUCUUUGUGACCCACUCAUUUGUUCUGUCAGCUGAUGAGAAUCACAAAAAAAGCGCUCCAUUAUUUGAAUGCGCCAAUCAGAGAGAACUCGGUUAUCCCUUUUGGAUACCUGGGAGAAAAGAGUGCGGCCACCCGGAUUUCAAGCUCGACUGCAGCGGUGAUUUCGCAGAGUUAAGUAUAUCCUCCGUUAAGUUCCAAAUCCUUGAGAUCAAGCUUGACAACAUAAGACUUUCCAUGAAGGACUAUCACAACAAUAUUUGUCCCCGAGACCCUAAGAAUGUACAAAUCAACCAGGAUGUCCUUCCAUUUUCUUUUGACACUAUACCGUCAAUGCAGAACUAA